GCGCGCAACGCGGUGCGCGACGCGCCGCGCCGCGCUGCCAGUUUGCCGCAGACCGCCGGAGCGGAAACAGCCGGUAAGCAGCCUCUCCUGCUCUCCGGUUCUUUCGAAACCGAACUUCUGACAGAAGUUCGGAUCCGCGACGCAGCUGUCCCUGAAAAGAAGCGGAGCCUCUCCGGAACCAGGACGGUUCUCCCGCUGGACCUGCAGCUGAUGAGACCAGGACCAGCUGCUUUUCUCCGUCACUGCAGCAGCAGACCAGUUGUGUUCUGGCUGGAUCGUGUAAGUGAGUCGGACAUGUCUGAAGAGAUCGUGAUCAACUGCACCAUCAGCCAUGAAGUCCACCAGUACGUCUUCUCCUGCGUCUACAUCCUGGUGCUCCUGGUGGGUGUUCCCUCCAACCUGUACUCCCUGUACCAUGCUGCAGUCCAGCUGAGGCAGAGGAACGAGCUGGGGGUCUAUCUGCUCAACCUGACCGUGUCCGACCUGCUCUACCAGGCGUCUCUGCCGCUCUGGCUGCAGUACAUCUUUCGGAACGACGACUGGCAGCACAGAGAGUGGUUGUGUCAGCUUUGUGGUUUCCUGCUCUACGAAAACAUCUACAUCAGCAUCGGCUUCCUAUGCUGCAUCAGCAUGGACCGCUACCUGGCCGUGGUCCAUCCUCUCAGGUUUACCUCUCUCCGCUCUAUGACUGCAGCAUGGAUCGCCAGCGCCACCAUCUGGCUUAAAGAGGUAGCAGUGGGUGUGGUUUUCUUUCGCCACAAAGAGGUGAGCAGAGACCAGACUAACCAGUCGGUGUGCUUCGAGCAUUACCCCAUGAUGCCUUGGGAAUACCCCGUCAACUACUACCGCUUCAGCGUUGGCUUCCUGUUCCCGUUGGCCAUCCUGUCCGUAAGAAACCGCCGCCAUCAACUGUGACCCGCUGUGACCCACUCUGACCUCCUGUAACCUUCUGUGACUUCCUGUGACCCGCUGUGACCCACU